AUGUCGUCUAGUGAGAGGAUGGCAUAUCCCUACGGGAAACCGUAUCCAACGCCUUCAAAUGGUACACAACAUGACGAGAACAAACUCUGGAUGCAGAUACAAUACGAAGCAUAUGUUGACGGCAUCGAUCUGACCGUACUACCCUUUGCCAAAGAGGCUAUCGCAAGCAUCACUUCGCUAGCCAGUAAUGCGGUGGACAUGCAAGAAUUCGACUUUUCGACUUCAAGAAGAGUUGAUACGCAUACCCACCCUAUUCCGGACUGGUUCCGUGCUCUCGAAUUGAACGCCGCAGGCCGCGCAACACCAUCUUGGAACGUAUCCUCUCAUCUCAAGUUCAUGAGCGAACACAGCAUUGCCCAUUCUGUACUCUGCAUCUCCACGCCCCAAGCCAAUGCUUUUCUAACCGAGAAAGACGAGGUACUAAGGAAGAAGAAGACGCUUGCCCUCGCCCGCCUGCUCAAUUGCUUCGCUGCAGAACUUUGCAGAAUCUAUCCUGAAAGGUUUAGUUGGAUGGCUAUCAUGCCUUUGCCUCACGUGCAGGAGUCGAUCACGGAGUUGAAGCGCAUGUUUGGCAUGGUUGGAAGACAGCCAGUGGGCGUCGGCGUGUUGACAAACCACGAGGGCUUGUAUCCCGGCGAUCCAGUUUUCGAUCCGCUGUGGGCGUUUCUCCAAGAAAGAGCGGGGAAAGCCGAGGGGAGUGGUAAGGAAGUAGUCUUUGUGCAUCCGACCGAACCCAUCAUCAAGCUCGACGAUGGCCGACUGAUAAAUUCCCGGCCUUCACCUUUACGUUCCGGUCUCGGGGAGUUCUACUUUGAAACCGCCCGCGCAAUCUCCAGUUUAACGGCCGCUUCCACCAUCGUCACCUACCCAUCCCUCCACUUCCGCAUUUCUCACGGCGCAGGCGCUUUUCCCGACAUCUCCGAGCGCUUCCUCCUCGGCUUCCCUGAAAUCUCCUCCGCAGCCAGGGAAGCAUACAAAUCUCGCUUUUGGUACGAUAGUGCGGGUCCUGUGUGGCCGAACCAGAUCAAAGGGUUGACGGAUGGAAUGGGAAUCCCGAUUCGUCAAAUGGUGUUUGGGACGGAUUAUCCAUAUGGCAUCGGGUUCUGGGACGUGGAUGCUAACAUCAACGGGCUGGCUUGGUCGGGCGAGUUGGGGUUUGAGGAGAAGGAGAUGGUGUUUUGGGCAAAUGCGAAAGAAUUGUGGAGUGGGAGGAUUGGAGUAUUGGAUCGGAUGGAGAAGUAG